AUUUACGAAAUCAAUUUAUACCCUCGAAUCGUACACUUGGAUUUGAUCGCAUUUAUGUUGUUCAUCUUGACUAUCGAACGGAUAGACGUGAAAGAUUAGAUAAAAUAGCUUCAUAUCACGGUUUAGACUUUGUUUAUUUCUCUGCCUUUACUAAAAACGAUGAACAAAUUCUCAAAAAGUAUGGUUCUGCAGAUAUGCGCCCUUCUCAAAAAGCUUGUUAUCUUAGUCAUUAUUUUAUCUAUAAAUUGAUAAUUGAAGAAGAAUAUAAUAACAUUUUAAUUUUAGAAGAUGAUGCAGACCUUGAACUUAAUAUCACUGCUACUAUGACUGAUAUUCAUCGUGACUUACCUGCUUCUUGGGAUCUUUUAUACGUAGGCCAUUGUUUUGAAUCUGUCGGUGAAGAAGUCGGCAAUAGUUCUUCGGUUCAUAAGUUAUAUAAAUCGGUGGCACCAAUGUGUACGCAUGGUUAUGCUGUUUCGAAUUUGGGUGCUCGCAAGUUGGUAAAACUGCUUGAUCCCGUAAUACCACGUGGAACAAUUGAUUAUUCUCUCACGGUAGUAAUAAAAGAGAAUAAUUUAUCAUCAUACAGCGUUCAUCCACCAGUUAUUGCGCAAUGGAAUGCCGCAAACAAUCCAUCUGACAUCGAAAACUCACAGCGAUACUCCUUUAGUUUAUUGAAUUCAACCUUAGCUUUUCUUGGAUACAAGGGCGAUUAA